CCUCCUGGGGCCAGUUAUUUAAAGGGGUCGGGGUGCCAACGCGGACUGCUCUGCUGGGACGAGAAACUGUCCACCAUGCUGCUGAAAACCCUAGUGUCCCUGUGCGUCCUGGCUGCGGCUGCCUUUGCUGUCCCUGCCCAGGAGAAGCGCGUCCAUCACCAUGGUGAUCUGAGCGAGCGUCCCCAUGACGACGCUCAAGGCUUCCAGUACGACCACGAGGCCUUCCUCGGGAAGGAGGAGGCCAAGACCUUUGACCAGCUGUCCCCCGAAGAGAGCAAGGACAAGCUGGCGAAGAUCGUGGAGCGCAUCGACGUGGACGGGGACGGCUACGUCAGCCACGCGGAGCUGCACUCGUGGAUCAGACACCGACAGAGACGCUACAUCCAGGAGAACGUGGACAAACACUGGAAGGAGUACGACAGCAACGGGGACGGGAAGAUCGCCUGGGACGAGUACAAGAACACCACGUACGGAUACUACCUGGGUGAAGAGUUCGAGGACGUUGACGACAAGGCGACCUAUAAGUCCAUGCUGACGCGGGACGAGAGACGCUUCCGGACGGCGGACCGAGACGGCGACAUGAUCGCCACGCGCGAGGAGUUCACUGCCUUCCUUCACCCGGAGGAGUAUGAUUACAUGAAAGACGUGGUGGUCCAGGAAACUGUGGAAGACAUCGAUAAGAACGCCGAUGGCAAGAUCAACAUAGAUGAAUACAUUGGGGACAUGUUCAACCCCGAGGAUGGGGAGAGGGAGCCUGACUGGGUCACCACAGAGAGGAAACACUUCUCAGAGUUCAGAGAUGCCAACAAGGACGGUUACCUGGACGCAGCUGAGGUGGCCGACUGGGUUCUCCCUGGGGAGGUGGACCAUGCUGACAACGAAGCCAAACACUUGAUCCACGAGACAGACACCGACAAGGACCAGAAAAUCACCAAGCAGGAGAUUCUGGCCAACUGGAACAUGUUUGUGGGCAGCCAGGCCACCAAUUACGGCGAGGAUCUUACCCGGAGACACGAUGAACUCUGAUCACGAGCUCCACGCUACGGAGAAUAUGGUUACCGGGGGUGGUGGGGGGGGGGGUUCCUCACUCUGGAUUACACUUGCACACACACACACGCUCACAUACUGUGUAUGUGAAUACAAAAGGGACACUGACGUCUCACACACUACUUUGCUUUAGUUACAUGUCCAUGUGUGAUUUUUGAUUUUUUUCUUACUGAGAUGCAUGUCCUCAUAGAUGACAUAUAGCUGUUAUAAAGCCCAGUGAAAACGACGUAGCUCCUAAAUGUUGAACUAAUGUCCAACGUGCACUGGCGUCCAGCUGAAAGAGCUUUUUCUCUGAGAGGUCACCAUGGUCUCGACACACUCCGAUGCAUUUGUUCUUCCAAGGUAAAGGGCAGCAAAAAAUGCACAAAUGGAAGGGGGGGGGG